CUUCCCUACAUUCCCAUUUAGUUGAUAGCUUAUUCAUAUACUCUUUGAUGGCCUCCAUUAAUAAGGAAGUAGCUGGAGAGCUUCUCCCUUUCCUUAGAGUUUUCAAAGAUGGAUCAGUAGAGCGAUUAAUGGGAGCUCCAAUAGUCCCUCCAUCACCUGAUCAAGACCCGGAAACUGAAGUCUCAUCAAAAGACAUCAGCAUCUCGCAACACCCACCAAUCUCUGCAAGACUUUAUCUCCCAAAACUCUCUCAAUCUGAUGACCAAAAAAAACUCCCCAUUUUAGUAUACUUCCAUGGCGGAGCGUUCUGCAUUGAGUCUGCUUUCUCUUUAACCGAAACCAAAUACAUGAACAACUUAGUUUCUUUAGCCAAAGUCAUUGCCAUCUCAGUAGAGUACAGAUUAGCCCCUGAACAUCCUCUUCCUACUGCUUAUGAAGAUUGCUGGUUUGCUCUUCAAUGGGUUACAUCGCAUGACAAUAAAGAGCCAUGGAUAUCUAACCAUGGCGAUUUUGACAGAUUCUUUAUUGGAGGAGAUAGUGCAGGAGCUAAUAUUGCUCAUAAUAUGGCAAUGCGAAUUGGGACUGAAGGCUUGAAUAAUAAUAUUAAGCUUUUAGGUACUUAUCUCACACAUCCUUACUUUUGGGGUUCAAAGCCAGUAGGAUCAGAACCUGUUGUGGACCGUGAGCAGCUCGUGCCAUAUAGGGUGUGGUCAUUUCUAUAUGAAUCAGCAGCUGGUGGUAUUGAUAAUCCAAUGAUGAAUCCUGUUGUUGAAGGAGGUCCAAGCUUGGCAAAACUGGGAGGUUCUCGUUUACUGGUUAGUGUUGCUGAAAAGGAUGAGUUGAGGGAGAGAGGUGUUUUGUAUUAUAAUUUAAUGAAAGAAAGUGGGUGGAAAGGAGAGGUGGAGUUUAUCGAAGUGGAAGGAGAAGAUCAUGCCUUUCAUAUUUUGAACUUUGAAACAGAGAAGGCCAAGAACUUGAUCAAACGCUUGGCUUCGUUUCUACAGAAGUGAAUCAGUGAAACUUUUCUUGUAGCCUCUCGUAGUCUACAGAUGAACUUCUAACGAUGGCUUUGGCCCAAUAACAGGGCUAACGCCACAAGAUUAUCUAACAAAAGGAAGCUUAUUUCCAUUGUCUAAGUUGGCGAGCAAGUUCACUUUGUGCACCCAUUAUCUUCUUGAUCCUCCAGAAGGAAGUUCUGUUUGGCCUUUACUGAUCUUGUUUGGGGGUUUCAUACACUGGAUUAUGUUUAUAAUCUUUAGAGCUUAGCUCUCUUUUCUUGCCAGAAAAAAAAAAAGCUUGUUUCCUCCAGAAAAUUCGAAAAAAUGGUGUGAAAUAAAAAAGUUUAUUUGACAAU